AUGAGGCUCGGCUCCUCGUUGCUGCUUAGCUCGGCGGGCUGGGCAUCUGCCCUGACGCAGCAGUGCUCCGGCAAGGCUGUUAACGAAGGCGGCAACUACUUCUGUGGCAAAGUCGGCCAUAUACUCUACGAGGGUCUCAGAGGCAAUGGAAAAUACGACGCCGUCGCCGCCAUGGACUCAAAAGGGACGUGUGCGUAUGUGAAUAAGACCUACAGUGGUCCGCUUGCUCCGUUGGACGAAGGUCUUUCGAUACAUAUUCGUGGACCCUUUCAUCUCAAGGAGGCCGCCGUCUACACCGUUUCUCCCAAUAGGAAGCGCAGCGUGGCUAUGUCUCGACGCGCCCGCGGCCGCCGACACCGACACCGACGUGCUCACCAGGUGGGGAAGAGGGCAGACAUGGUUACGGCAACAAUCAACGGCGUGGUCGUGUCGUGGGUGAACAACUACCACGGCCCUGGGACUGAAGACCCGCCUCCCGCCGCCCCUAUUCUCCCAACUCCGCCUCCCGUUGUUCAUACCAUCCGGGUCCCGCAGAAUCCUCGUCCGGCUGCCUCGACUAAUAGUCAACCGAUGACGUCCUCUGCGUCCGAGGAGAAACCCCUGGUAGGUGACUCUAAUGCCGAGGAGGAGCCGCAUCCGCACCGGCCGAAUUCUGGCUCGCCUGGCAACAGCUGGGAUCGCAUUGCCUACUACAACGCCGAGAGCCAGGUCGUCAAGAACAUGAUGUUUAUGGGUAACUACGGAGGCCAGGGGUCUGGUGUCUUUGACAACUUUGGAAACUCCCUCGCCUACCUCAACGCUGACGGCACCGGUGGCUCGGGCUCGUCCAAGACUCUGAAGGAUGUCCUACUCCCAUGCAACAAGGAGUUUGCCAUAUUUAGCGGCGAAAAGUGCGACGAAAGCUGCGGCUUUUCGCGUGCUCGCGACAUUGCCUACAAGGGAUUCACCGGCGCCAACAAAGUGUUCCUCUUCCGCUUCAGCAUGCCCCACGACAAGGCCCACGGCCUCAACGGCGACAUGCCCGCCCUCUGGCUCCUCAACGCCCGCAUCCCCCGCACCGGCCAGUAUGACAGGUGCAGCUGCUGGGUGUCGAAGUGCGGCGAGGCCGACAUCUUUGAAGUCCUCGCCCCGGGCGACACAAAGUGCAAGAGCACGCUUCACGUGGCCAACGGCGCCGGCAGCUCCGACUGGUUCCGCCGCCCCGUCGACGGCUUCGUCACGGUGGCCGUCGUCUUCCACGGCGAGAGCGCCAGCAUCUCCAUCAGGAUCCUGCCGGCCGAGACCGACUUUUCCAAACGCCUGGACGACAAGACGGUGAGGGGGUGGGUGCACGAGACGCACGAUACCGAGAAGAGCAGCUUGUUCCAGCUAUCAGUUGGCUGA